AUGGCUACCGAUAAGGGACUCGAGGACGUCCCCGAGGGACAGAUCGAGUCCAACUACGAUGAGACCGUCGACUCUUUCGAUGACAUGAACCUCAAGUCUGAGCUCCUCCGAGGUGUCUACGCCUAUGGUUUCGAGCGUCCCUCUGCUAUCCAGCAGCGUGCGAUCAUGCCCGUCAUCAAGGGCCACGAUGUCAUCGCUCAGGCCCAGUCCGGUACUGGAAAGACUGCCACUUUCUCCAUUUCCGUUCUCCAGAAGAUCGACACCAACGUCAAGGCUUGCCAGGCCCUGAUCCUUGCCCCCACUCGCGAGCUGGCCCAGCAGAUUCAGAAGGUCGUGGUCGCUAUUGGCGACUUCAUGAACAUUGAGUGCCACGCCUGCAUUGGUGGCACCAGCGUCCGUGAGGACAUGAAGGCCCUCCAGGAUGGUCCUCAGGUCGUUGUCGGUACCCCCGGCCGUGUCCACGACAUGAUCCAGCGUCGGUUCCUCAAGACCGACUCCAUGAAGAUGUUCGUCCUCGACGAGGCCGAUGAGAUGCUUUCUCGCGGUUUCACCGAGCAGAUCUACGACAUCUUCCAGCUCCUCCCCCAGUCCACCCAGGUUGUCCUCCUGUCCGCCACCAUGCCCCAGGACGUCCUUGAGGUCACCACCAAGUUCAUGCGCGACCCCGUCCGUAUCCUGGUCAAGAAGGACGAGCUUACCCUGGAGGGUAUCAAGCAGUUCUACAUUGCCGUCGAGAAGGAGGAGUGGAAGCUCGACACCCUCUCGGAUCUGUACGAGACUGUCACCAUCACCCAGGCCGUCAUCUUCUGCAACACCCGCAGAAAGGUCGACUGGCUCACCGACAAGCUCACUGCCCGUGACUUCACCGUCUCUGCCAUGCACGGUGACAUGGACCAGGGUCAGCGUGAUCUGAUCAUGAAGGAGUUCCGAUCCGGCUCCUCCCGUGUCCUGAUCGCCACCGAUCUUCUGGCCCGUGGUAUCGACGUCCAGCAGGUUUCCCUGGUCAUCAACUACGAUCUCCCCGCCAACCGUGAGAACUACAUCCACCGAAUUGGUCGUGGUGGUCGUUUCGGCCGAAAGGGUGUUGCCAUCAACUUUGUCACCGCCGAGGAUGUCCGCAUGAUGCGUGAGAUUGAGCAGUUCUACAGCACCCAGAUCGAGGAGAUGCCCAUGAACGUUGCCGACCUCAUCUAA